AAAUUUCUAAAUGAAGUCUCAAAUGAAGCAGAGGCUAUCGAUCUAUUACAAGUUACCUUAGAACAGAUGAUUAAAUUUGUAAUGCUAACUACAAAAAUAGCGUUAUUUCACAUUCGACUUAUACCAUCACAAUGGUAUUAUAGUAAAGAAUUAGAUGGAUCAAAGGAGCCUUUUUUGGUUGCUGACAAAUUUUUGCAAGAAAAUGAAAAUAUAACAUCCAGUCAUAAUGGAUCGGUAUUAUUUUUGAGUAAUUUUGAUCAAACCGGAAAGGAUAUUUAUGAAGAAAGAUUAGGAGUUCUUGAACAAAAGUUAAUAUAUGGCAAAUUGCAUAGGAUAUACAAAAAAGCAUUACAGAAAGCAUUACAGAAUAAUCAUAAAACCAAUGACUUAUCAGACCUGAAAGAAGUUUUACAAGAUGAUAAUACCAGCGAUAAAGAAAAUGAAGAUCCUGCGAUGGUUACAUUACAAAAUCUAAAGAAGCGUCAGGGCAAGGGUCGACUAUUAGGUAUCAAACAGUUUAAAUCUUCCCAUGAAGAUUCUAAACCCAUAGCAAAGAACCAGCCUGCCUCAGCCGACGAAUCUGCUAUAACGAACAAU